AUGCUCCAAGUCAAGGCCCUCGUCACCCUCCUCCUCACCAGCACGCUGGCCCUCGCCUCCCCGAUCGAGGUUGAAUCCCGCCAGUCCUGCGCCUACACUUGCGGCAGCGUCUGUUACACCUCAUCGGCCGUGUCUGCCGCCCAGCGCGAGGGCUACUCGCUGCAUUCGUCCGGCGACGACGUCAACAACUACCCGCACGUCUACAACAACUACGAGGGCUUUGAUUUUAGCGUCUCGCCCACCUACUAUGAGUUCCCGAUCUUGAGCUCCGGCAGAAUCUACAGUGGCGGCUCGCCUGGUGCGGACCGUGUCGUUUUCAACCAGAACAACCAGCUUGCGGGCGUUAUUACGCAUACGGGGGCUAGUGGGAAUAACUUUGUUUCUUGCUAG